CCUUUAUUCACAAAACUUUUUAUAACCAUAACAACUUCAAUCGUUAACUCACCGUUAACUUACACCCCAUGUCUCCCAACAACAGAACUCCGGUCGCCGUUAAACUUAACGGUAACAACCUCAAUUUAGGCGUAGCUAAAGAACCACAUUUCAGAGGCGUACGGAAGCGCCCGUGGGGUCGCUACGCCGCCGAGAUUCGCGAUCCCGGUAAGAAAAGCCGCGUCUGGUUAGGUACGUUCGACACCGCGGAGGAGGCAGCGCGUGCGUACGACGCGGCGGCGCGUGAGUUUCGUGGCUCUAAGGCUAAAACUAAUUUUCCUGUACAUGACGAUGAUGAUACUACUUGUUUGUUGAAAAAAGCGAGUUUAGCGAGUCAACACAGUACGAGUUUACUGAGUCAACACAGUACCGUUGAGUCAACAGCGAGUCGAGAAGCGGAAUCGGUUGAGCCUUCGUUAGAUCUGAACCUGUCGUAUGGCGUUAAUGUUCCAUCUGCCGUUAAGUUUCCGUUACACCAGAAGAAUAACGGUGUUAAUGUUCCGUCUCCCGUUCAGUUUCCGUUACACCAGAACAUUACCGGUGUGAAUGUUCCGUCGGCCGUUCAGUUACCGUUUCACCAGAACAAUAUGUUCCGUUAUCCUCCGGUGACGGUUUUUUUCUCGCCGGAGUCGAAUCAGAUGUAUUAUUUCGACGGGAUAUUCCUUUCCGGUCAAGCUCAACCUCUCCAGAGCUCCGGUUACGACCGAUCCGGAUCUAAAUUCCGGCAAUCUGUUAGCGAUGACUCGAACUCAUCGUCUGUCGUUGAUGUGAAACCGUUACGGUCACCGGCGUCGCCUCAUGAAAGUGUCGGAAUCGAUCUCAACCUUCCGCCACCGGCUGAAUCAAUGUGACUUUGAUCUGCGAUAUUGAAAAGUAGAAUCGGUUAAAAUUAGCAAUCGAGAAGGAACAUUUGCGGUUUGAUUAGCGAUCAGUGAAGAAACGACGGCGUCGUAGAGACGUAGACUGUAAAUAGUUAAAUACCUCACCGGAUCUGUAUUUUUUUGCAACAUUUGGAGUAAUUUUCUCUAUUGUUGUUGUUCCGUAACAUUUGCCUUUAAGUUGUAAUCGCAUUUUGUAGGCUUUUUUUCUUAAUGUGACUGCAUCCGGUAUCUAAUAUUGUAGAUCUAUGGCUUUACACUU